AUGCAGCAGAGUCAGAAGUUGCAGAUCUGGGACACAGCUGGCCAGGAGAGAUUCCGAACUAUCACACAGAGUUAUUACCGCAGCGCCAAUGGAGCAAUCCUAGCCUAUGAUAUCAGCAAGAGAGGCUCUUUCCUGUCCAUUCCUCGCUGGAUCGAGGAUGUGAGAAAGUAUGCCGGUUCCAACAUAGUACAAUUACUGAUUGGAAACAAGUCUGACCUAAGUGACCUUCGAGAGGUUCAGCUGGAAGAAGCUCAGAGUCUGGCUGAACACUAUGAUAAUAUCAUCUGUGCCAUAGAGACCUCUGCGAAAGACUCCAGCAAUGUGGAGGAGGCUUUUGUGAAGAUGGCUACAGAGCUCAUGAUGAGGCAUGGAGGCCCUAUGUUCAGUGAGAAGAAUACUGACAGCAUCAAGCUUGACAGCAAAGACGUUGUAGAAGGCUGGGGGUGUGGUUGCUGAUAUGAGCUAGGUGAUAUCCCUAACUUUACUGGAAUUUAGAUGGUGCUUCACCCUAAUGCUGAGUAGCACGGUAGCCAUAUUCUCCUCCUCCUGUGAAACCAGCGAUUUUGUAGAAGUUAGACACAAUCCUGUUUGCUUUGGUGUCUUAUUUUUAAAAAGGGACUCAAGAGAGGUAGUCCUAAAAGUCAAGCCCUCUGAAAAACUUACUCAACAUUUGUCCCCACCAUUUUCUUUUCUGUAACCUUCAUACAAGUUACAAAAGUGGAGGAAACAACUUUGAACUGGUAAUGUGGGGUGGGGAGACAGAUGGUUGGGGAAGAGACUGAUGCACACCCAAAGUUCUGAAGCAUUUAGCAGACUGUUGGCAAAGGAAGUCAUUUUUGGAAUAAGCAAUCUUGACAGUGUCUCUUUAAAUCCUCAGCACUCCACCAAUGACCAGAAAGUGACAGUGUCUUUGAUAAAGGUAUUUCAAGUGUCAGAAUACCCAGCGUUUUGAUUACAGGACCAAAUAGCAGUCACCUGUCCUAAGGCAUAUGGAUUGCUUGUUAGUAUUGGAACAGGCCCAGGUGAGGAAGCCUUCUCUCAGGUUUUGUUAUAAUUUUUUUAAGUUAUCAUUUUAAAAGCAACAUCAGCCUGAGCAAUAUCACGACUUGCUGUCAAGCACGAUUGGACCAGUGUAGUUAUUUUAAAUACAGCCUUGAGGAGGGGGUAGAUGCAUUUCACUUGUUAUUGUUUGCACAGUGAUAGCUCCCUCUUCCAAGUGGGUAUCACUGAGUUUUUGCCCUCAGGUCUCUUUAUUUCAUUCUGUAACUCAAGACCUGCACCACUGGAAACAGGAACUGGAGAAACCUUGAACUGACUGGUAGCCAUGAUCUCCUGCCAUGUGCCUAAUGGUCAUAUACAGGGUUAAUUCUGGUCAUACAUUUGACAUGUUACCAGAGUGUUUAUUGCUUAAGUGGCAUAAGUGGAUUUGGGUUUUUUGUUUGUGUUUUGUUUUUUUUUUUUUUUAAACCAUCUCUUGAAAUACAGUCUGGGCAUAUAAUGGGCAAGAAGACCUCAGAAUAGCUGAAAACUGCAUGCAUUGCACUUCUUGGUUGUAAGAAACCAGCGUCUUUUCAAGUGAUUCCCUCCCAACUUUGUACUCAACUGCUUCCCUCUCUCUAUCAGAAGUUCCCAAUUGCUUUUCAUUUCUUGAAAACACUCAGCAGGAAAACCUUUCACUGUUGAUCAAAAGUCUACAUUGUUAAGUAACACAGAUUUCAUAAUUCAACUACAUAUUUCAUAAUUCAACUACAUACAGUUGUCUUUCACAUUCAGCUCUGUAUUAUAUGUUGUAGAUGCAGUUGAAGUACUGAUGGCAGCAGUCCUCUCUGGGUUUACACUCUCAAGCACCUUACAAAAAUGGAUUUGCAAAGGGAGCAGAAGCAGGAUUAUUUUUAACUCUGCAGUUAAAGCAAAGGUGUUCAAGUGAUUUUUGCAAUCCUGACACUUUGAAGGAGCUCAUUUUCAGAAAGCACCCACUUAAAGUGAAGUCACUUGUCACUUUUGAAAAUCUUGAUCAAAAAGGACCCGCACUGGUUUGCUACUAGGGCUACACCAGCUUUUAGCCAUUCAACAUAUCCAGUAUCAUGAAAAUCAGGAAGGUUUAAGAAAGGGCUAAUGGAUCCUAAUUUCAAUACUACUCAUCUUCCUACAGAAAAUACUAAACCAUUCUCUGGUCUUUCUGGUUUUUUAAACUACGAGGUAGAUAAUUGAGGAGUUACGUAUGCUUUGUAGCCUGUUUGCUUCUAAUCUAAGGGGUUAGUUUUCAAGUUUUAUAGUUGUAAGAGUGAAAGGGCCUUAAAUUUUUCAAUUAGUCUAGCUUUCAUAAUUCCAGUGUUUUAUAUGGAAGGGCAGGUUGAGCUGCAGUACUCAGUAGUAUUUUUGGAUAGUUUUCCAGGACAUUCCCAGCUCUCCUACAUCCAAAGAUAACAGGCAAUAGGUGUCCAGCAGUAGCUAGACACCGAAAAUGAGAAUUGUCUGAACUCUAGAUUUGUUAGCGAUUAGCAAACCCCGUAUUCCACUCUCAGGAGAAGCUACGAAGACAGUCCAAGCUAAAACUCAGUCCUGAUGACUGCUUUUCCUCCUGGUGAGAUGGUCCUUAAGAUACAGAAUACUAGCAAGCAUUUGACUUUGUCAUGACAUAUUAUAGUUUACAUCUGUAGGUCACAGUCCUGCAGUUCUGCAUGCUUGAACAGGGACCCUCAGAUAAACUCAGCCUCCCGCUAUUUGCAGGAUUAGUGCCAAAUUAUUUAAGCCAUGCUGAUAAAAAAUCACAUGCAUUUAAGAACAGUAUCGCUACUACUCAGAUUGAAAUCAGUAGUUUACAUAGUAACUCAUGUUAAAACUGGAGCAAGAUGCAAAAUUAACAUAAAUCCUGCUUCCAAUGCAGUCAGUGAAUGAUUGUGUUUUUACAGUAGAUGGAGAACCGAGGAAUUAUUGAUCCAUUUCCUUAGUUUUGAGGUUUGUUUAGUAAACAAGUAGAAUUAGACUAAGCACUAUACUCUUCCUUACAACUUGCCCCCAUAUAUCUCUUAAACUAGUCUUGAAGAUUGAGACUCUGCCUGCAAGUUAGUCUGUUUCAGUCAGGAAAACAUGAAACAGCAUCAGUGAUUUGUUCACCGUGUUUUCAAAUGAAGGCACCAAUUCAGGUUAGUUUUCAUUUUGCUGUAGAAAACAAAGACUAUGGCUUUAAGUCAGCUUUGUCUUCUAACUCGGCUCUUCUAUGUUGUAACAAGUGUAAUACAAGUUUGCAUGUGCUACCUAACUGAACAAAAGGGAACAAAGAAAUAGACUGAAGACCUGGUUUAUUUUUUCAGGUUAGUAGCAGAUAUGACAGACAGUGCUUGGGCUGUCAGUAGUAAAAGGCUAUUUCAAUUACCAAACCCUUUCUUUGUCUAUUAGUAGUAGCACAAUACUCACUAGCCUGACAGCUUUUUGACCAGAAAUAAAUUAAACAGUAAAUGUAACUUAGAGCUUUUCACUCCCCUUCUGAAGACUUUUAUUAAAUCCGUAAUUCACACACAUAGCUAUGUAAUUCAAGUAUUAGGAAGAGAGUCCUAUUGGUUUAAUUCCAUUAAUCCUAUUGAAACCAAAAGGAUACCUGGGUGAAGAGGGUGAGUAGCAAUAAACCUGAGAUUUACAGGUAAAAACCUCAGUUUCAAAUCUUAGGUUACAAAUGUGCACUGAUGUACACCAAGUGAAUAAUUCAGUAGUGCAUGAUCAGAGUUCACAGCAUAAACAUUUGCCAAGAAACCUGUUUACUGGCAGUUGAACAUUAACAAGACUAUGGUGCAGUAAUUGCUUUUAAGCAGAUCUCCUUGGCUGACCAUUUAGUUGCAUUAGUAUUUAUAAUUUAUUUUUGGCAGUACCCAAAGUGUGCAAAAUAUUACAAAAACACAGAAGGGGACAUUGAUCUCUGCCUUGUAACACUUAGGAGUGGAAUGCAGAGGCAAAUACUGAAAUGAAAUCAUCAGCAGAAUGUGGUUCCCAGGAGCGUGGGCAUUGUUAUCCUUUGUAUUGAUUUUGAUUUAAGCUAAUUUUAUCUCCAGUUACUCAUCCAGUCCAUCAUGGAUGAAACUUGUACAAAUAUUUAUAAUUAUGUAAAUAUAAUACCAAAUAAACGUCAGCCCGGAAACCUGCUAACAUUUACUUUGCAAAACAAAAUUUUAAAAAAAUGAAAAUACUUAAGAACAGAGGAAAAGUCCUAAUGAUUUUAUCACUCUCACUGUACUGAAAAGCAGGUCACUUUUGGGGGGGGAGGGGGAACUACAAAACUAAAUGAAGCCUAGCUAAUACUGCAUAGAUUUCUAAGAAC